AUGGAGGAUAGGAAUUUUAGGUAUUCUGGGGGUAUUGUUGAGGAAAAAGGAGGGAUAGGGGUGAUGACUGAUAGCGAAGCAGACAGCGUACCAGUGACGCCCACGGAUGCUGACUCUCCGUUUGUACUCGUUAGUAGCAAGGCGGAUUUCCAUCCACACGUUGACGCACCAACUGGGUCAACCGCAUGGCGGGAGCAGAAUCCAGGGAGGCAGGAGUGGAAUCCAGCUAAGCAGAGUCAGAAACCAGCGAUGCAGGAGGCGAAUCCAGCCAAGCAGAAUCAGAAUCCAGCGAGGGAGAGUCAAAAUCAAGCGAGGCAAAAUCAAGAUCCAGCUAAGCAGAGUCAGAAUCCAGCAAGGCAGCAGCUGCUGUACCUGGAAAGGUGUGGGAGAGAGGGGAGAGCAGCAGAAGCACUGGUGAUGCUGGGAGUGAUGGAAAGGGAGGAGGGUGGGGGGGAGGAGGAAGGGGAGGCAGUGGAGAGAGAGGAGGAAGAAGAGGAGAGGGAUUGGGAAGAGGAGAGGUACGGAGCGAGAGGGCAUGGAGAAAUAGGUGGUGACAGAAAGGAAGGUGAGAGAGGGGGAGGUGUUGACAGGAGUUGGUUGAAUGCAGCGGCUUUCUGUCAUGCCAUGCAUGCGCUGCUUAAUGCCGACUGGCCGCUGGCCGCAUCCAGACGUGCUGACGUGGGCACUGCGUCGUUGCCAGCUGGCAACCGUCGCGCGUCACCGUCUGUGUCUUCUUUUGGACGAGUUUCUGAUGCUGCAUCAGCGCUCGCCGCCCGGAUGGCAGCAGUUGGAGUCACACCCAACCGGCAGUUUUGUCAUCUUCUGGUGGAGGCAUAUCUGCGUGACGGGAGGGUGGAAGAAGCGGAGGAGGCGUGUGAGAGAGUGAGGGAGGAGGGGUGGAAGGUUCCUGGGAAGGUUCUGAGAAGGAUCGUGCGGGCUUGGGCUAGAGAGGGGAGAGCAGGGGAGGCAGAAGAGGGGGUGAGGGAGAUGGUGAAGGAAGGGGUCCAAUUGGACGUUGCCACGUGUAACAGCAUGAUUGGGUUAUAUGCUCGUGUGGGGGCGUAUGACAAGGCAGGGCGAGUGUGGGAGUGGAUGGAGGAGAAUGAGGGAGAAGAGGAGGAGGAAACAGGAGGGGAGUGGGGAGAGAGAGGAGGGGAAUGGGGUGAGAGAGGAGGGGAGUGGGGUAAUGAAGGUGGGGGAAGUGUGGGGAGGAAGGGCGGACAGGGCGAGUGGAAGGGAGGGAGGAGGAGGAGAGGGAGUGAAUGCACUCCAACAGAAGCAACAUAUCGUGCCCUCAUUCGCAUGUACACCCAUGCGGGCAUGCCCACCGAAGCCAUCCAUGUGCUGCGUGCCAUGAGUGCCCGCGGCCUCCCAUGGAGGGAUGGGCUCCUGGCGUCUGUCAUUCGCUGCCUUGCCGCUGCUGGCAGGUGGACGGACGCUCAAGACCUAUUUCACGAAGCCCAGCGCAUGGCCCAAGCCCUUGCGAACGAGGCUUUCGCCGGCCCAGCACCGCAGGCUCGGCCCGAACUUGCGGUCUGGAGGAAUAUUCAGCUCGAGUCUGCAGCUUUGGGAACGAGCCUGAUGUCUGGUGGUGCUUUGGGAAUGAACGAUGUAGAGCUUGCAGGGAGGGAGGAGCUGGGGGAGGAUGAUGCUUUGGGAAGAAGGGAGUUCAAGCCUGCUGCUUGGAAGAACCAGGAGGAAGUGGUGGGCGAGCAGUCUUACAAGGCCCUGAUGAGUGCAUACCAACGGGCAGGGCAGGCGGAGAAGGCUGAGGAGCUACUGCUGGCUAUGGAGAAACGAGGCAUACCCCUGACAGCCGACCUGUACCACAUGGUCAUGGAUGCGCAUGGCAGGGCGGGCAACACAGCAGCUGCAGAGGCCAUUCUGGAUUGA